GACAGAUCACCUUGGUCGAACGACUGCACACGUCGCCAUGCCGCCAUCGCCCGCAAAGGCCUUUGACCUACACCUCUUCAGCGCUGCGCUCAAGGCCGGUAAGCUCGAGAAGGCCAAGGCGGAGCUGACCAAGUGCAUUGGGCACGAAGCCGAGAUCCGGCAAGUGUACGGCGAGACGCAGCUUCGAUCGACGCCGCUCUACCGUAUCCUCGAGGGCCCGCUCACCGGAAGUCGCGAGGAGGCCAAGGCCCUUCUCGAGCACGCAGUCAUGCGCACUGUGAUUCAAAUGAAGUGGGAGGCGUUUGGCAUGCGCAUGUAUCUCGAGCAGCUCCUCAUGUACGGUGUGCUCUUGCUCUCGAUGACGCUCUCCGUGGCGACGAGCUACGCGCGACGCCCAACCGAUCCGUUUCCCGUCAAUAUGGGCCGUCGCGAUGUUAUCACUGCUGCUGAGUCUUCUCGCGUGCCGCUUCUUUACGUAUCGUCGCAAGGAGCUCUGGUGUUUUGUCACGACCAGCGUCUGCGCCGUCGUUGCCGGCGGCCUCUACGCCAACACCGCGGCGGUCGAAGCGGUCGCGGAUUAUGCGGCCUUUGUCUCUUGCAACCAUGUGACGCUGCUUCUCUCGGGCGCGUACUUCUUGCUCUUUGAGCUCGCCGAGCUCUUUGGGGAGGUACCGGCCGAGUCACGCGUGGUGCACGUCGCCAGUUGGCCGCUUUGGCUUCAGCAUGGCGCCUACUGGGCGUGCGUAGCUCCUUUUGACGUACUGAGUCAGUUUGCAUUGAUGCUCCUCGGACGCAGCGAAGCAACGUACUACAGCUCGUUCUUUAAUGCGCUGCAGAUGCCCACGUUCUUUGUCGUCACGGGCUAUGCGAUCGGCCAGCUCGUCGCGACGCCCGAUGCUGGCAACGUCCCUCAGCUUGUGCUUGGAACGGUCUUGACCUUUCUUCUCUGGGCCCUCAGCGUCCAGUACCUCGAGGUCCACGGCACGGCUGGGUUUUUGAUUCCGAUGAUGCGCGCAAUGCUUCUCGACGUAUCUCGUUUUCUCGCAUUUUACCUUCCGUUUCAAUUCGCCUUUGGCUUUGCCUACUACCUCCUCUUCCAGAGCAUGACCGAGAUCUCGGCGUACGACUCGCUCCCCAAGAGCUUUCUGCAAACGUUCCUGGUGCUACUGCAACAGUUUGAUGCGUCGAACUUUGCGAAGCUGCCAACGACGAGCGCGGUCCUGCUUGGCUACACGCUCUUGCUCACCCACGCGACGCUCGUGAUGGUCAUGCUUCUCAACGUCCUCAUCGCCAUGAUGACAAAAAGCGUCGAGGCUCGCAUGGAGAAGGCCAAGCGAGAGGCCCUCGUGAGCUUCGCCGCGUGCGUCUUGCGCAGUGAGAAGACGCAAGGGCUUUUACCACUGCCAGUGCGCGCCGACAUCGAGCUGCAGGAGGUCGCACCGCUCAUCGAGUCGAGCCGCGGCCUCUACAUGGGCGACGACGACGACGACGACGACGUGGAUUUGGACCAUGGCCAAAGCCUCGUCUUUGGCGCUGCCGAAGAGAGCCGCCUCGGGUUUCGACCGGACGAGCUCUCGUCCGACGAGCGGCUCGCGAUGCUCACGGACCAGGUCGCGCGCCUCGAGGCCACAGUUGCAUCGUUAGUCCAGCUGCUUGGCGCCAAGAGCGCCAUGUAAUUGUGGUUAGUAGUAGCACAUCUUCUCGAAUGCGUAGCUGUUUUUGCG